AUGGACGACUAUCCCCCUGGCUGUCUGGACCACAGCGUCCCCUUUCUUCUGACCCUGGGCACAUGUACCGACACACCCUACGACGCCAAACUAAGCCACGCACUCAAGGAGCAAGCCAUUCUCAUACGUUCCGAGCUGCCUGCUCUCGACUCGGACCAGGCACGCGCUCUCAUGCGCUAUAUGCAAGACCGUGAUGCUUCCAACUCACCUUGCAACGCCAGGAAUGAGACAACCAGGAAGUACCGCUUCCACAUCAAGUCUGCCGAGAGGUCCCUGCUGCUACCCCCUCGCCGCGCCCGCCUACCCGACGGCUUCGAGCCCCCUUCACCAACCUCGGCCACCGUAUUACAUUCCCCCUACUCUCCCCUGAGCCCGGUGUCCCCUCUCUAUCCCGAUGGUUUGAUCAAUACCGAUUGGAUUCGCAAGCACCAAGACCUCAUUCCAAGCAUCCUCCUUUGCUUCUACACACUUGUGUCGGAUCCUACGCUUUCUACACUCUGUGACAAUCAGAUCAAGACCGAUGUCAACAACAUAAGGGCCCUGCUGAGCCAGUCUGGCUACAAGACCAAACUGGCCGUUGUGCUCUUGAGCGAUGGGACAAACCCAGCCUCCAUGGAGGGCGUCCAAGAACGUCUGGACGUGAUCCGUAGGGGGUGCAACCUGGAUGCGAAAGCCUUGUUCUUGGUGCCUCCGAACGAGUCUCAAGAGGAGCUCGAGCGCGUAGCCGAGAACAUGCUUACCACACUCUACGCAGUGUCCCUGGAGUAUUACCGCGACCUCGGCAGACAUGCGCGCAAAAAGCGCAGCAGGGGCAUUGCUCCCCAGCCAACCGUACCCCCGACUUCGGGCACCUCACAAACUCUGUCGCUAGCCGGCUGGAAUGUCCGCUAUGACUUCAAAACGGCCACAUUUGCUGAAUAUCGGCUGGAGAUGGAUGUGGCCUUGCGCUCCUAUGAACUGGCCUACGAGGCAUUGCUGAGCACCGAGGUGAUGGAGCUCAUCCCGAGCUGGAGCCCGCGCUGGAACGAAGCCCGGCUGCUGGCCGACAUCAUCGCUAUACGGUGCAUCCGCUGCCUGCUGUGGAAUGGCCAGCACAGCGCAGCCAGCCGUCGCUGGCAGUUCCAUCGCGAGAGGAUAGCCGACUUUGUCGACCGUCGCGGUCGGGGCACCAACAACUAUGGCUGGGCUGCCUGGGAGGCUCGUUGGGCGGCGGUCAUGGCUGAUCUGAUCGACAAAGCCGACAUUCCUGAGCUUGCGCCGAGCUCAGGACGGCUCUAUCUGCCACCCGAGAAGAGUGUCAUGGGAGAGAGACUGCAGCCGUGGGAGCUGCUGCACCAUCAGGGAUACUGGCAUCGCAUGGCGGCAAGGCAUACACAGACGAGAAGGGCCCUGGCUCGGACCAUCCCAGAAUCUGACAGACAGCCGCCUAGUGCUUCGCCUGCGUCUCUUGUGGCGAAAUCUGCUUUUACUUACGACACGUACAUGUGCCCAGACCCAUACGAGGAAUAUCCCAUCGACGGGAUCGGAGGUGGCGUAGAGCACGGUAAACUGAUCGUGGAUCGCCUAAUACGAGCCCGCUCUGAGUUUCUCAAACGGGGCCAAAAGCGGUUGGCUGCUGAGGUCUCUCUAGAGUGUGCAAGGGAGCUAGGAAUGGCCGAAAGAUGGGAGGACGUGAUUAAGCUCCUGCGCCCUCUAUGGCAGGACAUGCCCUUCAGAACAGAGGGCUGGAUUCCCAUCAUUGAGGAGAUGGACUGGCUUCUCAGGCGUGCUGCUUACGAGGAGGAUGAGGCCGAGCUCCUGCUGAUGAUUGACUGGGAGCUCCACUCACAAAGCUUCUCAAAACGGCCCAACUGGGAGUACAACCUCGCAAAGUCCCUGGAGGAUAUAGAAACUGCAGAGAAGCCCGACAUUUACAUCAGACACGGCCAACUCAUAUCCCCAGUUGCGGCUUCGUUCCUUUUCAGAGACGAAGAGGGGAAGGCUGGUCAGUCCGUCCACUGCCAGCUCACCAUCAGGUCAAAUGCCCAUCAGGGCUCGGCUCUCCUCCAGCUCAGCAGCGUGCAAGUUAACUUUAGCGGUGGCAUUGGCACAGUAGUGCUUCAGCACGAGGAUGUUGACGACACGCGGCAGAAACACGGUAACAUCGUGCUGUCUUCACUCACCCUGACUACUAGAGAGUCUGGUGAAGAUGAUGUCAAGUCAACAUCCGCUGGUUCGGAUGGAGAAAAGAGUGCUGUCUUGAAAGGCACAGCAGAUCUUAGAUUGCCCCCUGGGCAAGUGCUGGUAUUCAACUUGGAGAUCCCGCUACGGGAGCCAGGCGAUGCCCACGCUGAAUCGGUUGUCGUCACGAUCGAUAAUGACGAGUUCAAGCUCAAUCAGUCAAUAUCUUUUGCGGAAAACAGUAGCAGAAAUCUUUGGUACAUCUCUGCGUCCGCCGUCAAACACAUUGCACACCAACGGCCCCUCUCGUUACACGUCCUUCCCCGGCCUCCAAAGAUGGAGGUGAGAAGUCUAGGAUGGAAGGAACAAUACUACACAGAUGAGCCUAUCAGUCUCGAAUUUGAGAUCGAGAACGGCGAGGAUGUUGAGGCCCUCUCUAAGCUUGACGUUACUCUAUUCGGCGAGAAGCCGUCAUCAUUCACGGUCGACCUCCCGAGCGGCGAGAGCCAGACAUCCUCCAGCAUACGCAGCGAAGAAAGCAGACUAUCCGGCGCACAGCUAGGCGCAAUCGCCAGCGCCAAAUCCCUCACCAUCCGCCUACACCUACCCCCCAUCGAGAGCUCCAGCCGCCACGACCUGACCCUCAAAGUGACCUACUUCCUCCCGACCAACCCCGGCACGCCCAUCUCCCAAACCGCCGUCUUCCAACUUAAUAUCGUCAACCCCUUCGAAGCAAGCUAUGACCUCCUCCCCCGCGUACACCCCGACCCCUGGCCAAGCGUCUUCGACCCGGACACCGUCGCACCCCUUCCCGGCCCCAACUCCCCCGACACUCCGUCAUUCAUACCAAAGGGCCUCUCCCAAGCUUGGUGUCUCGUGACCCGCUAUGCCUCCUUCGCCUCCGAACCGUUACGCGUAACAGAAGUUUCCGUGCAAAUUUCACCGUCUCCCCUUUUCCGCUGCACAGCCGUCGCCACCAAGCACAGCCUGCCUGAGGAUGGCUCCGGCCGUUUGAUACAGCCCAAGACCAUCGAGCAAGCGGCGUUUGAGCUGACUGCACAGCGGGCAACGCUGGAUGAGCGCGGACCAGCGCCGCUGGAUAUGGCAUUGACGAUUCGUUGGACUCGGGCGGAGGGGGGCAACUUGGAGAAGGUUAAUACGACAACGCUGCCGAUUCCGAGGUUUAAUAUCUUCGGCACUGAGCCGAGGGUUUUGGCGACGGUGUCGUACCGUCGAAGGGGGAAUACUAAGGAUGAAGGGAGUGGUGGGCAUCUGGUGAUUGUGCUGACGGUGACCAUUGAGAAUGCGUCGAGCCAUUUCCUCACGUUUGGGGUGUCGAUGGAGCCGAGCGAUGAGUUUGCUUUUUCGGGACCGAAAAUGACGACAGUGAAUGUACUGCCGGUGCAGAGGAGGAGUGUGGAGUAUAGGUUGUUGCCGUUGGAUCAGAAGGAUGAGGAUGACAAUGGAGAGAAGGGGGAGCAUCAAGGCUGGUGGAUCAGGCCUGGGUUGAUGGUUAGGGAUAAGUACUUCCAGAAGGUGUUAAGGGUUUUGCCCGGUGGUGAGGGAUUGAGGAGGGGAGAGGAGGGGUUGGAGGUUUGGGUGCCAGGGGCGAGGGUGUAG